UAGACUUUCGCCGUCAGUUUCCUAACAGAACACGCACGUUAUACACGCGUAAGCAAUUAUCGUAACCCAUACACAGACGUAUUUUAUUUGAAGAAUUUUGGAUGGCCUUAUAGAAAUAAAUGUGAAUUAAAAAUGGUGACUAACGCUCAGUGGUUGUUGGUGAUUGGAAUAACCGCAUUGCAAUUUUCUGUAUCGAAAACACAGCGGGAGAACCUUAUAGGCGACGAACGUGAGAAGCCUCAAACCGCUCGCGAUGUCUUCAAUACAACUUCCUGUAUCCCUCCACCGUAUAGAUGUCCCCACCCGAGAAUGCAGUUUUUCUUAUAUACCAGAUCAACUCAGGAAAAAGGCGAACUGAUCAACACUCUCGAUAACGACUCGUUAAAAUAUUCUAAAUUCAAUCCUAAACAUCCGACGAAAAUUGUAGUCCAUGGAUUUGGUGGAGGCAGGAAUUUAUCACCGAGCACUGACAUGAGAAACGCAUAUUUCAAAAGAGGGAAUUAUAAUAUAUUUAUUGUUGACUACGGGACUUUGGUUAAGGAGCCUUGUCUUGGUCAGAUAGAAUGGGCUCCGCGGUUUGCAAGUCUCUGUAUUGCACAGUUAGUAGAAUAUGUGCAGUACCACCCAAGCAAAGGAAUUCCUCCGGAGAGAAUUCAUACUAUAGGAUACAGUGUUGGUGCCCAUAUUCUAGGCCUUGUAGCUAACCACAUAACAGAAGGAAAACUAGGAAGGAUUACAGGUUUAGACCCAACAAUAUUUUUCUACAUGGGAAAUAAUCGUUCGCGAGAUUUAGAUUAUACUGACGCAGAAUUUGUAGAUAUUUUUCACACUGGUGCCGGCAUUCUUGGUCAAUGGGGUCCGAAUGGACAUGCCGACUUUUAUGUCAACGGAGGGUCCAGCCAACCUGGCUGUGCUCAUGAUACUAUUUUUCAAACCUUAUCAUGUGACCAUACUAAAGUAACGCCGUACUUCAUAGAGUCAAUAAACAGCCGUACUGGUUUCUGGGCUGGACCAUGUCCCAGUCUUUUUUCCUACCUCAUAGGCUGGUGCGAGCCCAAAGACACUGAGUAUGUACUGAUGGGUGAACAUGUUACGCAUAAAGCACGCGGUGUGUACUACGUCACGACGAAUGCAAAGCCACCUUAUGCCAGAGGAUUCCCCGGCAAAGGCCGAAGAGUCAGAUCCUUAAUACCAUAUAGAUAACUGUGAUACUAAUGUUAACUUAACUUGCCUCUAACUCAGAGUUACCUUUUGUACCUACCUCAAAAUUGUUACAAAGUGUGCCUCGGUGUAAAUUUUGUAGUCUAUUGCUGCAGUGAUAAAUAACCGUUUUUAUGUUGGCAAUACUGUUUUGUCAUUAGCGCCAUCUCGUGAUAGUUCGGGAAAAAUUACAGGAGUCGCAAGCUACAACGAAAUUAAGAAGUUUCUUUAUGUAUUUAACAGAUGGCGUUGUGAUAGUUUUCAGUUUUGCUUCUAAGUUGUACGUCUUAAAAGUUUUUGGUAGCGUUGAUGAACCACAUAAAAUUAAAUCUAACAAUUUAUACAAAAAGCCAUGAAAUAAUAGUAAUUUAGUAAUUGUCUUAAUACCUAUAUGAAAAAAAAAAAAACUAUAUUUCUGUGAAUAAUUGAAAUGAUGGGUAGGAAUUAAAAAGUUCUAUUUUCUCAUUGACGAGUAUUAUUUUUUGUGGCCGAAUCGCAGAAGUGAUUGCUAUAUGAUGUAGGUCAAUCACUCAUUUAGACAUGUACUUCAGAAUAUGAUUUUGUCAAACAUUAUAAACUUAAUUUUGUCAAGCGUUUUUAAGGCACUUUUUGCCACGACUAACUAGAACCAGCUACCCACUUCUUAAGAGGGCGGCAACGCACAUGCGAGUUUUCUGGCAGUGUGUCAUGGGCGGCGGUAUCACCUAUAUAUCAGCUGAGUCACCUGCCCGUGGCCCCUUUUCUAUAAAACAGUUUACGUCGAAUUACUUCUACUAUUUAUUAAAACUAAUUCAGUAAUUUCACUCU